UUAAUUAUAGUAAAAUUAACGAGUUAAUUUUAAUUGUAAAUUACCCUCGUUAGAAUCCUGGACUCCGGCGAGCUAAAUCGAGCCGGGGGUAAAAUGAGCCAGAAAGUACCCGUUACAAAUUUUUAUGGCGCUCGAACAGGGACAGGUUUUUGUUUUUGGUAACGAGGUACGAGUUUAGUAAACCGCGAUGCGAACGGCUAUUUCAAACGGAGGUCCAAUAAUCUUUUUCAAUUGUUAAAGGUCGUGGAAAUUUAAUUGUUUUUUGAGAUGGCUUCGCGGGCAACGGCGGGUUCCCAAUCGUGGCUUUGGUCCUUACGAAAAGCCGACGUUAUCGAGGAGUUGAGGAAGUACAACGUGUCAUUCGAAUCGAGAGCGACUUUAACAGAGUUACGAAUCUUGCUGAGAGCCCAACUGAAUAAAACAAAAGUCGCGAACGCGGGGCGAGAGGGUGAAUAUGACCAACUAUUAGACGAUCUUGAUCGGUCCGAGAUCGAACUAGAAGUCAUUGAGGAGGUAACUGUUUCGGACAAAGAACUACGGCCGAUAGACGACGAUGAGACUCAAGAAGACGCUCAAUCGAGAGUAACCCGGGAACAAGAAGCUAGUGAAGCUGAGUUACGUCGGGAACUCGAGAACGAGGUUCGAGAGGAGUUGGAAAGGAAGGAAAGGGAGAAGAUAGAGCGAGAGAACCGCGAAAAGCGCCGAGUCGAGCGCGAACGACGGGAACUCGAGGAACAAAGAGCACGAGAACAAGAAGUACGGGAGAGAGAAGCGCGUGAGCUGAAAGAAAGAGAGGAACGUGAGGCCCGAGAACGAGAAAUUAGAGAGCGGGAAGAACAGGAGAGACGCGAACGUGAGGAACGCGAAGCGAGAGAAAAAGCGAUGCGCGAAACACAUGAGCGGGAGAAUCGAGAACUACGAGAACGACUAAGACGCGAGAUUACGGAACAAAUAAGACAAGAGAUCGAUGCUAGAAGGCUACGCGACCCGGAAAACGGGAGACUGGAGUCAGAACAGGAGGUACAGGCGAGACGAGAACGAGAAAUGAGACAAGAGCAAGAACGACGUGAACGCGAGCAAAGAGAACGAGAGGAGCGUGAGACUCGAGAACGUUUGAGACGAGAAAUCACGGAACAAGUGCGACGCGAAAUAGAAUUAGAAAGACAAGCCAAUCAGGCAGCGCAAAAUCCAGGCCUGAUUUUUCCGGCGGCAUUGCCGAGAGAAAACGACGAAUUUCGGACAAGAGACUUGGUGCGCAAGUGGGGCGUUACCUUCAACGGCGAACGCGACGUGUUAGAUUUUAUCGAGCGUAUCGACGAAUUGACUGAAAGUUACGGAUUCCAGAAAGACAAGUUAGUUCACUGCAUCCCUAUGCUUCUUCGCGAUAAAGCUAUACACUGGUACCGAAACAACAAGAGGGACUGGGCGUCGUGGGAAGACUUCACGUCGGAUUUAAAAUCUUUCUUCCUACCCCCAGGUCGGGCGAUCGAACUUGAAGAGCAGAUUAGAAACCGUGUGCAGAGAGAGACCGAGAUAGCAAAGGAAUAUGCGACUAGUUUACAGACCCUGAUGCGUCGACACGGACAAAUGACUCCCCAGGCUAAGUUAGCGCGACUGUACCAAAAUUUAAGACCUGAAUAUCGUCGAUAUAUUAAGCGAACCGAGUUCACCGAUGUUCCAGAGCUAUUGCGACUGGCAGGCGAGUUCGAGCAACUCGAAAGCCAGGAAAAGGGGCAAUCGCAGCCUAGUAAUAAGCCAGCAGUCGGAAAAAUUAACACCGGAAAGCCGGCUACAGGGAAAACGACGAAACCAGCCGCGUCGUUAGAGAUUUUUGAGUACGAUUGGCGAGAACAUUGUUGGCGCUGUCGGCAGAAAGGCCACCGACAACCCCAAUGCACGAAUCCACGAGUAAAAUUCUGCUCACGGUGCGGUAAAAUGGGCACGUGGACCUACGAUUGCUGCCCGUGGCGGGGAAACGCCGCGAGGGUCGACACCAGCUCCCAGAGUCGACCCGGAGACCGUCAAGACUCACGAAUAUCGGGAGCCAAGCCCCAGAUGAACAAAAAGGACAACGCCGCGACAACAACCGCGUCGAAGCCCAGCAGCAGUACAACCCCUCAGCAGUAA